UUCGUCCUGCGGGCUGCGGCUUCGACAAAUCUCAAACCCUACCUCCAGUCGCUAGCUACCUCUGCAGAUCCAAACCUCCCCUCGCCCCGCCCCCGGCUGCCAUGCGGAUCCGCAGGUCCGCCUCCCGGCUGCUGGGCGGCGCAGCCGCUGCCUUGGCCCCCGCCCCGGCCCCCUCUGACCCGCCUCGAUUCGAGUUGUCCCCGCCGCCGCCGCCGCCGGCGGCGACGGACCAAGCCCACGAAUCCAGCGCCGGCUUGGUGGCGCCCGAGGCCUCCUCCUGCGUGGAGCCCUGCUGCGUGCUCAGCAUGUCGCCGUGGGACCUCAUGGACCAGUUCGACCUCGCGGAUCCCGAGGUGGAGGAACGCUUCGAGAAGACUUACUUCAGAACUACACGACGAGCUAGUUGGCUCUUCCCAUCCAGUAUCUGCAUGCCGAACGGCUCCAUCAAGGAGAAGACGACUGUAGAUAUGGUCGAUGGGGCCAUCAACAUGGCUGCAAAAACGACAAAGGGGAAGAAGAAUGAGAGCAAGUCAAAGACGAAUAAGGGGAUCAAAGUGAAGAAGGGAUUGUGGACAUGCAACAAGGGGGAUGGCAAGAAGCCACCAAUGAAGAGGCCCGUCGUUGACAUGGGCGAGGCGUUCUACUACUACGCAGGGUUUGGCCCCUCAUGCAACUCCAAGAGGCAUUGCAGAUCAAGCGGUGGUAGUAGUGUGCUGGAAGAACCUCCACUACCCAUUGAACAACAGAAAGAUGGGAGAAUGCCAACAUUGUCAACAUUGCAGAUCAAGAGACACAGGUCGAGAAGCCUAGGCUCAAUGGGAGAAUGCCAACAUUGUCAUCUGCGACAAGGAGAGAAACAACGACGACGCACUUGGUUGCAAUGGCAAACAAUUGCGCGACAUUAUGAUGAUGAAGAGCUUGUUCAAGAAGAGGUGGAGGAGGCCUGUUAAAGCCCGAUCGCUCAAGUCGCUGAUGUAAUUGCGUGGCUCAAGAGAAGCUUGGUAUUACGAAGCUUGGCUCGAUCGACUUUAUCUAGUUAGCUCAGCAUAGCUUGCUCCAGUUUUGGAGCUAAGUUACCAAUCAAUAUAGAAACUGUACAAUAUUUUUUAUUCCAUUGUGUUUUAACUAUGUGUGGUGUUUAAAUUUCUGAUAAUUAAUUUUCCUUCA